CCCGGUUCACUUUUGCGCUAAGAUAUAAUGAUUACCGGCCUUAUGUACGAGAUAUGUAGGUCUUUCAAUCUCUUGCUCCAUGCCGGUCGUACACGUCGCAAGUUUGGAUGACAAGGCGUUUUGCCAAUUUUUACAGCUCUGUGUUUCACUUACAGCCAUUUUAACCCGGUUUCUAUAAAAAGGAUGAUCAAUGGCCACCCUAAUAUAAUUGAGGUGAUGGAACAGCAGGCUUGCUUUUUCUCUUAUAUAUCAUGACAUGUGCUUUCCAUUCCAAGUCCCAUGUUUAAUUGAUAACGGUAUCUUAUCAUAUGCCCUGCUCUAUGCUUCAUCGGUACUAGGUCAUCGGCAUAAACUUGGAAACGUCUACCUAGUCUAGCUGGGUAGGAGGGUCCCAACUGGAGCUUAGCUUGACGACACUUACGUAUUAAGUUUCGACUUUCUGCAACACGCACCUGCAAGAGCAAACUCGGGAAUAACCUUUCAACCGCGAAGGAUUUCUAAUCUUCUUUUCCGGAAUCUUUUCCACUUUCCCUUCUUUUCGCCCACUCAUCAUAUCAGAGGAGUUGGGGGAGGAGGAGGUGGUGAUGCAGCACAACGACGAACAAAAUUACGGAUACAUACUCUCGCACGUGCGAUCGACUGCCCCUAUCUCUCAUUAUCCAACUUAUCCCGUCGAAUCUGGAGGGAAGAGGACAAAACAAAACAGGAUAUGAGCCACGAGACCGUUGGCUCGCUGCUAGCCGUCAUUGCAAACUCGCUUAAUGAUGGCCUGCGCAUCUUGAUGUUCGCCGACAAGCGGGCUUGGGGGUCUGACGAGUUCGAGCAGUUGCGCUUAUUAGAGGAGACUCUCGAUGAGGCCAAGAAGGACUUUCAGGAAUUACCUACUCUUGUCAAUGGCCGUUUCUACUAUGAGAAUGAUCGCAUAAACGAGUCCCUCGAAGACCUUCGAAUUCUCUGCACGCGCUUCGAGCUACACAUGCAAACCUUCAAAGAUUGGGUGCGCAGCGGUACUACUAUCGACCCUUCCUGGGCCCUCGAAACUCUCGAACUACGCCGUGAUCUACAUAGAGCUCAGUGCCGCGCCGCCCGCCGAAUACACGCGGCACAGCAAGUCGACUCCGCCACCGGUAGUGAGAGAACACGAUGCCUGGGCGCGCUGCAGGUAUACCGUGUGCAAGCGCGGAGGGACGUGAGAGUUGAGGAGGAAAGGGAGAUAUGCGCACAAACAGGGCGAUUCGAGAGAUUUGGCGAGCGGGAUGUUGCGUUCGUGUGUGAUUUCUGCGAUGGGUUCCUAGUCUGGGAAGACAUGCGCGCCAUGCCUACCACGCGGUUGCUCCAACCCCCGGUGCGGACGCAGACGUUGCCUACGCAUAAUACGAAUACCAAUGCUCCAAAUUCCUCGACGAGCACGACGCCGACCCCGUCCUCAACACAAAGUAACAAUGCAAAUACAGAUGCCCCCGGCGGUGAUAGUGACGAUGUUAGCCCCGCUAUCGCAAAUUGGCAGGCUCGUGGGAUAGCCCUGUCGACCGGUGAGGCCAAGACUGUUGUGUUCGCUCCGGUAGCUAUCGCAAAUCACCUACCCCCCGAAGUAGGUGAGUUCCAAUGCCGGAUCCUAUGCCCGCAGUGCGACGAAUACUACUACGAGGAACAAGGUGAUGACGAUAUGGACCGCGUGCGGUAUACGCAGGAUGACCGCGGGCUCGAGAACAUGAAGGCGUUUCAGGAACAUCUUGAGUGGAGUCAUGCUUCUAUAGUUCCGGACACGUCAAGUUGUGGGGUUAUGUAAGGGGGAAGAGCAAUCAUGGAAAGCGAAAAGAGCUAGGGGGGGCGGUAUAUGAAAAAGCGAGCUGAAAAGAAAAGAGAAUCUGGGCUGCGCACUGCUUAUCAUGUUAGGCGUUUAGAGAGAAGGUCGUAGAUUGAUCGUUUGGGAGGCUAUCUGUUGUUCGUCGACUACGGGUCAGAAAGCAAAGGCGUUCAGGGGCCCAGGAUCGAGAACCGAGAGCGGUCUCGUGGCAUCUAACUAAACACGUUUGCGUAGGUAUGUACGCGCUUUUCAACAAAUUUCGAUCAAGCAUUUAUCGAGUAGAGCAUUGAAGGUUUUGGAUAGAUCCUCAAAUAUAAUCGGGCUAUCGAGUAUACGCUUAUUAAGGGAGCUCAAUUACCAAUG